AUGUCCGUCAGGAAUCCGAUCUGGAGGUCUCGUCCCCAAUACUCAGGCAUGACCUCCGGGGUUGGUUCCGAGCGAAAGCAGUGCGGACAGCAGACCGCCGCCGCUGCCACGGAUCUAGAGGAAGGCCUGGGUGCCCGUAGCAGGACCAGCAGCGGCAGCAGUAGCAGCAGCACCUCGCGACGGAGGUGGCGAGGGGGAGUGAGAGUAGAGAGGGGAAGCCUCCAGCGCCGGCUCUCCAGCACCGCUCUUGGCCAGCAGGGGGGCUGGGCCGCCCGCGCGAAGGGCCUCCUGGGCGGCGUGGGGGCCUUGUUUUGUUCACCACGGGCCGACGGUGACGACAGCGGAGACAGCGACGAGGAACAGGCCAUUGAGGAAGCCUUCGAGCGAAAAAUCCAGGAGGCGAUAGCCGUCGGAGCGGCAGCGGAGGAGGCAGGAGGAGGCGUUUUGGGCGGCGCCGGUGCGAGCGGGAGAGACGGUGGCGGCGGCGUCGUUGACAUGACCGCUUCCGGGAGGGGGGGUGCGGUCGACGUGCCGCCGGGGAUCAGCUGGGUCGCGCUGGUGGCGGUGGCGGCGACUCAGCUGGCAUUUGUCGGUCUCUUCGUUUUGGUAGCUUCGGCGGCGAUGCGCGAGCAGGUAGUGUCGGCCUGUAUGGUGAGCCCCGCCGCCACCGCUUUGGGGGUGGCCGGCAUGGUGCCGCUGCUCGGGUACGGACUGCUGCUAGACAGGUGGACAGAGUGGGAGUGGGUGAGGAAGAUCGACGAGGCAACCUCCGAGGUCGCGCUUCAGCUGUUUGGCAGCAAGAGACAGCUGGGCAAGGUAACCGGGGUCGUGAUCCCCCUGUCGAUGCUCGUCGGGCUGUGCGAGGAGUGUGCGUUCCGAGGGUUCCUGCCCCUCAUACUCGCGGCCAAGACAGGGCUACCGAUGGCCGCCAUCGUAGGCCUCUCCGCGACAAUCUUCGGGUCCCUUCACGCUGCGACCGUUGCGUACUUCCUCACCGCCACCCUGAGCGGAAUGUUCUUCCAUGGCCUUUUUCUUUCUACGGGAAACAUCUUCGUGCCGAUCGUGGCCCACGCCGUGUACGACGCGAUCGCUCUCGUGCGUUACCACGUCAAGGUAACUGCGCCAAAACCGCAGUGAUGAGGUGGGCGCAUCGCGAGGACAGGGCAACGCAAACGUACAUUUUCUUCCUCUCUUUGGCGGUUGCACGCACCUAACGGUGUCGUCGUCCUGCUUUCCCUUGGUAGUAGAUGACGGCGGUUGUUUUCGCCGCCUUGUCGAUAGCAAUCGCUCUGGCCUCUACCCAGCACCGCCUCUUCCGUACUCUUGUUGAAAGGAAGGGCACGAUCUUCGUAGCCACAAGCUGACAAAAACAAGGAAAAACAAGCCAAGGGGCUUGCCCCGGAAAUCAGGAAGCCAGGGUUUCGAACGGGAGUGCGGGGCAGCAUUCGUUCCUCGCUUGUCAGUGUUGCCCGACGACGUGUCGCGGUCGGAGACGGAGCACAUUACCGUCCCCACGCCUUACGAGACAAGAGAGUGUUGUUUUCUUUUCGAUCCGACAAUGUGU